CUGGCUUUUUGGCAACCUUUGCCUUUCCAACCAUUAAACUUUUUCAUACCUACAUUUCGCUCAUUUAGCGCACUUCGCCGCAUGAUGACCGCUCAAGAAAGCUUCAAUAACCCACUGAGAAAGUUCAAACUGGUCUUCUUAGGAGAACAGUCGGUGGGCAAAACAUCUCUAAUUACUCGCUUUAUGUAUGAUACUUUCGACAACACAUAUCAGGCAACGAUAGGAAUCGAUUUUCUCUCUAAAACUAUGUAUAUGGAAGACAGAACUGUUCGCCUCCAAUUGUGGGACACGGCAGGACAGGAGCGAUUUCGCAGCUUGAUUCCCAGUUAUAUUCGCGAUUCCUCAGUAGCUGUUGUAGUUUACGAUAUCACAAACCGAAAUUCAUUUUUGAAUACCGCCAAAUGGAUUGACGAUGUUCGCGUUGAACGUGGUAACGAUGUAAUUAUAGUUCUCGUAGGAAACAAGACUGAUUUAAAUGAGAAACGGGAAGUCUCAGUCGAUGAUGGCGAAAAGAAAGCAAAGGAGUAUGGAGUGAUGUUCAUUGAAACCAGCGCAAAGGCGGGCCAUAAUGUGAAAACCUUGUUUAGAAAGAUUGCUCAAGCACUACCCGGCAUGGAUAACACUGUUGGUGAUGCUUCAAAAGACCAGAUGCAAAAAGUUGAUUUAAGUAGUACAACCACCGAAGCGAGCAAUUGCUCGUGCUAAAACCUUUAGCUUUUCUUUUAUGAUAUCAACAAAUUUAACUAUCAUAGCCAAUGAGAUGAAAAAGUUUUCUUUUGAUAGAUACAGCUCUCAUAAAGCAAGAAUACCAGAUAUGACAUUUAAGCGACAGAAUACACUCUAUGUUGUACUGACAUUUUCAUUGUCUGCUGUCGCGCCACUGGUGCAACUAAUAUACCAUGCUUGAGAGGCAAAAGCAGGGCGAUAUCGGAACAAACGAAGCAUAGACCUGUCCGAAUAGCUUGGAAAUGGUAUUCAGUUCUAAUGUGGCAA